AUGUGUUUGAAAGCGCAGGAUUUUCUUGUACAAGAUACUGGGGUUGGGAAAUCUAGCAUCGUUUGUCGAUUUGUCCAGGACCACUUUGAUCACAAUAUUAGUCCCACUAUUGGAGCAUCCUUCAUGACUAAAACUGUGCCUUGUGGGAAUGAGCUUCAUAAAUUUCUGAUCUGGGACACAGCUGGUCAGGAACGGCUGAGAAUGUCAGGAAUUUUGUAUCCCUCCCUGUGCCGCUUCUUGUGCGAGGAGCUUAUGUGUCAGGAUAGUCUGUUUGAUGCCUCUGGUUUUUGCCUUUGCUUCUCUCCACACCCCGAUUCUCUGUUUGUUGGCAGCUGCUGCCUCAAAGGUGACAGGAACAGGGCAUUGGCAGAGAUGAUGAACUGGAAGUGCGAAGUGGACGUGUUGGUAGAGGAGCACGAGUACGAAGGUGCUCUGAACCCAGUUAGCAUUGCACCAGUACUUACGCGACCGUCCCCAGGUGAUGUGAGCUGCUGCUGGCUGCGGGUGGGGGUGACGUCUGCCAAAGCGCCGCUCUCGGCUGCGGGUUACGGAGGGGCUGGCUCUCCG